GUCCCCCGUGGGCAGCCUCAGCGCGUGCGGCCUCGGAUCGGAUCCCCAGUUCGAAGGGCCUCCUCCAGCCACCACCUCCUGGGAAAACAAGCGAUGAAGACCAAGAACCGACCUCCUCGGCGCCGGACAUCCGUGCAGGACACAGAAACCACCCCAGGAGAGCAGACUCCCGACAGACCCCAGUCAGGCUCAGGGGGGUCCGAGCUGACGAAGGGUCUUCGGAGUAGGACAGCCCGUGCAGGUGGACAGCGAGCAGAGGUCAGCCGCCGGCGACAGGGGUCUGGUGGCCGCAGGGAGAAUAGUAUCCAGAGGCGACUGGAGAGCAAUGAGCGGGAACGACAACGGAUGCAUAAACUCAACAACGCCUUCCAAGCGCUGCGUGAGGUCAUCCCGCACGUGCGGGCUGACAAGAAACUCUCCAAGAUUGAGACCCUCACGCUGGCCAAGAACUAUAUCAAGUCGCUGACUGCCACCAUACUCACUAUGUCCAGCAGUCGCCUCCCGGGGCUGGAGGGGCCGGGUCCUGCGCCAGGUCCUAAACUCUACCAACACUACCAUCACCAGCAACAGCAGCAGCAGCAACAGCAGCAGGUGGCUGGGGCCACGCUAGGUUCCACGGAGGACCAGCCCCAGGGCCACCUGCAACGGUACUCUACACAGAUCCACAGCUUCAGAGAGGGCAGCUAACACCCACUCUGGGCUGGGUUGACAGUGCUGACCUGGCCUGCUCAGCUCAGCUCUGGCCCCUCCAUGCCACAAGCCCGACUGAUGAUGACACUAUGGGUAUUUUGUUGUUGACCAGAGUCUCUCAUGUGACCCAUGCUGGCCUGGAACUCCUCAUCCUCCUGCCUUCACCUUCUCUAUGGCUGUGAUUACAGGCACACAUCCAUCACCGGAUGGUGCGGUGCUAGGAACUGAAAAGGCACUCUGUGCAGGCUAAACCAGCUCUUGGCCUACUGAGCUACAUCCCGCAGCCCAAGGCUGAAUCUCCGGUGACUCCAUUUUCCUUGAACGUCGGCUCAGCCAUCAACAUGGGGCAGUUUUUCCUAGCCAGCCAGGGGACAGCAUUAAGGCAUAUUAGGCCCAAAUCUCUGAGGAAAGCCUGCCUGGUCCCUGCAGCUGUUUCCACAGAACAGACAGGAUGGGAAGGUGCUAUCCUUCCUCACAGUUCUCUUUAUGUGUGGUGGCCGCGCGCGGGGCGAUUCCAAAAAGAAACGUCACUUUCAAAUGUCCCGGCUACUGCUGAGCCCAAUAUCCCUCCUGUAUUGUGGGUCUACAUGGAGGCCAGGCCCAAAGCGUCACCCACGAUUCAUCAGGGAAUAUAGCAGAGCCAAGAUGGCAGCUCUUUCUGCACAAGCCGUCUUGAAAGCCGAAAUGUCCUGGGCUCAACUUAACCACUGGGCUUAGAAAGGCCUAAUGGGACUUUAAGUGGAUAAGUGGGUUCUCUCUCCCCGCCCCCCAAUGGAGACUUCUGGAAAGGUUCUAGUGCCCUAGGCUGUGACUGACCACAGCCUGAGUGGGACCUGGGACCUGAGGCCCUGCGUGGGGACCAGGUAGGCUGUUUAUGAAGAGCUAGACCUGCCCUGGGCCUUCUGCAGGCUUCCCACACCCGCACCCCCCUAUUCCAGGGGUGGACCACCAUGCUUAGUAGGGCUCAUUCUCUGGCCUUUGCCCCUGAUGUAUGGCUAGCCACGUGUUUUCUCACAGGCUCGUGGGACUUAGCUCUUGGUACUCUUGGUGUUUUCUCUGAGGCAGAAGCUAGAGUGACAGGCUUGCCCCUCCCCCAGCCUGAUCAUUAAUAACCAGGACUGGGUGGUUGGCAACCUAGCUGCCUCAAACCCAGCUUCCUUCUGUGGGGCGUUCCUGCCCCACUGGCUCUGCCAGGCUUCACUACUUUGCUGUCAACUGCUGCUGGCUUCUCCUUCCUCUCUUGUCUCUCUGCCCAGAACUGUCCUGGAGUUCCUUGGGGCCCUUGCCCGCCCCCCUUUCUUUCGAGCGACAGGAAUCUCACUUUAAUGCGCAGCUCAGGUUGGUCGCAAAUUAUGCAGUCCAGGCUGGUUUUGAACUUGCGCUUGGUCCAUCCUCCCGCUUCAGCCUCUCAAGAACUGUGAACAUAGGUAUAGGGGGACAGCUCUGGCACCCCACGAAACAAUUAAUAGUGAUACUGGGCCUGGGGGUGUUGAUUUCUCCAUCCUAGUGAGACUUGAUUUUGGUCUGGUCCCUUCACAGAUCACAGGUCGGAUAGACUGUAGGCCUUUGUGUCUGUGAUUCAGGGAUGGGAACUGGGAAAGGUCAAUAGUUAGGGAGUUUGCCAGUGGGAGCCAAGGCCAGGCACAACUCCAAGUUGGAAAGACGGAGCCCAGAUAUCCCUUGCUCUGGGGGACCUGCCUGUGGAACACAAAAGGCCUCUGCCGACAGGACAGCACUACAAACCCAGUGGCUGGCUUCCAGAUGAGCCGAGGCCAGGGCGCAGCUCUUUUUGUGGGCCCUUGCCUGGAAGUCCAGCGAGGAAGGGAAGAUGUCUGGCCAAACUUCUGCCCUCAGGCCUGCCUACAGCCUAGGGCUGUCCAGGGCCACUGCCUUGCAGGGCUACAGCCUGGUGGCUUUGUGUCCCAUGAGCUGGCACUCACACCACCCCCUGCUUCCCAGAGGAUGCCAUGGGCCUAGCUGUCCAGUUCUUUACCGGUGACAGACAGGACAGGACCUAUCUGUCCCUUGGGAGGCUAGGGGACAAGUCUGUGAUGCCAAUAAGGUCUGUUGGUCUGUCUCCCUGUCUCAAGCCCAGGCUUCUCUGUUUUUGUUUGUUUUUAAGACAAGUCUCAUGUAGUCUAGGUUGACCUCCAACUUGCUAUGUAGUGAAGGAAGAUGAACUUUUGAUCCUCCUGCCUCUACCUCUUGUGUUGGGACUGACUACAGACAUGUACCCCCUGCGCCCAGUUUGGACAGCCCUGGGGACUGAACCCAGGGCUUGUGGCAUCUUCUACUAAACGAUUGACACCCCCAGUCUGGUCUCUUCAUUCCUGCUGGGUAAUGGAGCUAAUUUUACUCAAAACCCUGGACAAGAGGGAUGGAGCCGCCCCCAACUGGGUCACCUGGACUGUGGAUCCACCAGAGCUGACCAGCGUCCCAUCAACACUAGCAGAGAAAUGCGGAGUAUGACCUGUCUGGAAAAAGCCAAGAUGAAGAGAACGGCCUGCGCCCUGCCCGUCACUGCGGUGAAAUAUUCUGUAAGUGACCUGAACUGGCUUUUUCCCCUAAUGGUUCCCUUGAAGUACUAAUGAAAUCGCCAGCCGUAUCUUCAAUGAAAAGAUCCCGCUGCCACCGUGCUUCGGU